GGAAAAAUCCGUCACUCAGCAGGAGAAGAUAUCCUGCCAGGAUGCAGUUGUUUAAAGUGUAUUGUUAAUACUCACGUGCGAAUUCACGAUUUUGUCGUACGCAUAGAUAGUUAUUUUCACAAGACCAUGUUCCUGCAGCUCAGUCAAUCUGUUAUUCAAGUCUCCAUUGUUGGAUUUAUUGCUGCAGAGGCAUUUGUUAAUCAGAACUAUCCACGUCUCAUACAAUAUGCGUUCUACAUGUUAAUGAACUUUCCGACGUUUCUUCUGUACUGUUGGAUGGCAGACAUCGUCCAACAGACGAGUGAGUCCCUCGGUGAUAUUGUCUACUCUACCGAAUGGACCAGGAGAGACCCAAAAAUUGCUCGUAAUUUGAUGCUCAUUAUUCUCUACUCGAGAGUUCCCCUCAAACUUACGGCAGGAAAAUUUUUUGUCCUCGACCUCAGUUUUUUCCGAGAGUACGUUUUCACAUCGACGUCGUAUCUAUCAGUGCUGGUCAAUAUCAAGUUACGUCAAUGAAGGUAUUUGUGGUAGUUUUCACUAGUGACAGUGAAGUUUAUGCCUCAGUCAGUGUUAAAUAGAUGAAUUGACGAUUGAAUUAUGACUUCAACUAAGUGUGCAACAUAAUUAACAAUUGGAAAAUCAUAUUAAAGUCAAACUCUUACCGUAAUAAUCCUCACUAGACUCCUCCUUCCGAAAAAUGUCCGAAGAUAUUCUUCUGAAGAUUUUUCAAAGAUCCUGGACAGACAGAUAUUUGCGUACGUGAAUAGGAGACUCUUCCUCCGCAGUCGAUUCCUCCACUAGCGCUUUUAUCGUCAGAUAUGAUGAAGGAAUGAGGAAAAAGAGGAGUCGAGAUAUGACGAGAGUCGCCAUAAAAUGUCUCAGGGUGUCGUGUUCAUCGCAGCCACGCAACACCGAGUUUCCACAACAGGAUUAAAUAUUGUCAGGGGAUCCUCGGGGCCAUUUUUCACGGGCUUCUCGCGUUUUUUUUUUUCGUCGGACCCCUGGGUAUUUUCUCUUUAGCUAUAGUUUUUCGGUGCCCACUGCAACAGACAGGAUUAUCCACAUCCGGUGAUUUUUGUUUAAUAUUUUUUUUAUGAGGGAAAAAAACAUGUGAAGUGGCCUAUUCAUUCAUCAAUGUCAUAUCGAGUGGUUCAUUGAUCCAUUGUUGUCAUACAGACGGCGAGGAAAAUUUGAAAUUUCGGGGCUGAAACAUGGAACCCAUUAUAUCUUGGAAUAUUCAGGGAACUCUAGCACCAUUUUUAUUGAAAAUUCCUUUCCACGAACGAUAUCUUUGAAGACAAUUCCAGAAACCAGUCCAAAAGUUCACAUUAUUUGAUGGAAAUUCCUUUAAAAUCUUGGAAGCAAAUAUUUGAUAUUGAUUUUAUGAGAAACUGUGACUGCAAGAGAAUAAAAACUCUCAAACAUUCAUCUCGAUUUGAAUAUUGCAGUAUUGUUACUCGAACAUUUACGACAUUUCAAGUGGUCUUGCCUCGUGAAGUAUCCUCAUACAAUCCGAGAUACGCGAAAUCCAUAAGAAUCCAGGAAUAUAAAAAAAAAAUACCUCCUUGACCGUAAAACGAGCGCGCGAGUUUUACGAUUGCAUUUUAUUGAACUUUAAUCCAUGAUUUCCAACAGUAGUAACGAUUCCCGGGAAUUCAGUGAAUGGGGGGUGGUGAGGGGAGGGCAAUGGUCAAAGGUUAGUCGUGAAAUAUGACGGAUUAACAGUGACAGGAGUGAUUGAGACUCCGGUUCGUGGUCUUCGAAUAAAAAAGAGACGAGAGAAAAAGCCGUCGAUGAUUUCGACUCGCCAUUCCUGAGGCUCCACAUGUAAAUUCCCGAGAUAAGAAUAUCAUACUUCAACAGAAAUUUAACGCACACUAAUAGGUUAUUGGGAGAUAACCAGAAAACUGAAUUCCAAAUGCGGGAUAAAACGAACGAGUGAGCUACCAGAAAGGCCAGGGGAUACACCGAGAAAGAGAGAGAGAAAUCGUGCUGACGACUGACAGCCCACUCUACGGUGGAACGUGCGCUAGUAAUUAUCGUUGUUGGGAGGGGUGGAGGAGGGUAGUCCAGGGAAGUCAGGGGCCAUAACCCGAGCUGGACUCUGUACCACUUUCUUUCCGAGACAAGAGUCUAAUUGGCCCUCGACCUCGGGGCAGCUGAGCAAAAAAUUUAUACAGCCCAUCCAAACUUGCAGAUGCAACUUGUGGAAAAGGGAAGAGAAUUCGAAAAAAUAAAUGUACCUUUUUUUUUAUUCAAUCUGGGACAUGAAAGACUUUGGACUGGACAGCGCGCGCGGUGGAAAGUAUAAUUUUUCAUUUUAACGAGCGAUGACGAUCAACUCAUCGCAACACACCUUCUUUUCUUUCACACUGCAGGUAGGGUAGACAGACGUCGAUGAAUGCAUAUGGGUGAGAAGGACCACCCUUUUCAAUACCGUGUGGACGGUAAUGGUCACACCUCCUGAGGGGUCACUAUCGUUACCUUUUUUUUUUAUUCCUUUGAGCGUCCGGCCACUGGUGCUAAUGGCCGCAGGAACAUUUGCAUAUCAAUCAGGAUGCGAUGGACUUCAUGCAGUUUUUUACGUCAAAUUUUUAGCGAUAUCCGGCGGGGGCAUUUCCGUUGCUUGACUCCAUCUCAGCAAUUACUUGGUACCCUUGAUGCGGUGAGUCGAGGCGGGGACGACCCUUUGACCCCCUUGGGCGCUGUACGGAGGCUGGUGAGCGACCAGGAAGGUGGAAUGUAUAAUUUCGAAGGGAAGCUCCAAAAUGAGAGACUGACGAGGGAGAAGUUACCGAGGGGGCCGUGAGCAGACGUCUCAGCAGAAUGUGACGAAAGUGAAUUUCGAGCUCUGGGAGAUAACCUGAGAGGCAUUUAAUCGACUGCGGCGCUGCAGGUGAAAUAAAUAGAUUUUGAAUAAUUUUUUAACAAUAAUUGUGCCGCCGGCAGUUACUCCAACAUCAUGGAAAUCCCUUCCCACCGCACUAUUCAGGUAAUAUAAUUUUAUAUGAUUAAUUGGCUAAUUCUCCGGGCAGUUAACGAAAUAGGUCGUACUAACGUCAAUCGUGAAAGCCAACGAAACAUUUUUGGUAAUAAUCGUAAAACGAUUCGAAGGUACUUUUUUAAAAUGAUGUGUAUCCGCUCGGGAGUUCAACCGCCAUUAACUGGCAUAUGUAACUUGCAUAAUGCCCGUGUAAAAAGGCAAAAUAUUGGCAUGAGCUUGGCCGUUGAGUAUUGAAAGAAAUAUACGGAACGAUCACUUUGACGAUAUAUUUCUGGAUAUCUCUUUGGUAAAUUGUGUCUGCUACUUCGUUUCGUGAUAGGGAGGGGUUGGCCUUUGCACAUUAGCCCCUGAUGACUUCCUUAUGACUGGAGAACACCGCACGUAGAAAUAAAAACCAUUUGAUUUAUGAAUAAUAACCUUCGAAUUGAAAUCAUUUUCAGGAAUCGUAAAAAAUUCGGUUGGACGCAACUGAAAAUAAAAAUUAUAUAUUCAUGAAAAUAUUAUCGAAUUGCAGAACUUUGAUUUUUCUUUCCAUGUAAUAUAAUUCGAUAAUUCAGUUUCAAACCAAAACAGCUGUCGGUGUUAUUCAUAAAUAUUUUUCCUUCAAUUUUAUCUCAUAAAAGAACGCAAUCGACCGUGAGUGUUUAGCCAUACAAUAUUUUUCUUACCAUUCCGAAGGUUCUGAAUAUUUUUCUGUUGACGUAGGACAUGACACGUGACAGCGGACAUGAUAUUUCGUAAAACUCAAUCUACCGUAUCGUGAAAUUAUGAUCUUUGGAUGUUAUUUGUGUUGGAAGGAGAGAAUAGAAUACCGUACUGUCAUCUCAAAGCCGCUGGAUAUUUAUGGAAUCUUUUGAAGGACGUGGAGGCCAUGUUCAACACGCUGGAAAUAAUUUUGAAAAAUAUCACCUGCAGGGGAUGAGUGCCCUCUCUUGAUGUGUGGUAAAGUAGUCCAAUAUUCGCUGGACGAUCCAGGGAAUAUUGGACUCCGUCAGAGCAUUCGAAAUCAAUUUUCAUCUAAUCCAGGUGAAGCUAUACAAUUUUUUAUUUUUAUUCCAGUUGUAAAGUCAAUAUUUCGGGGAUAAAUUUCACACAUGUCCGGUUUCGACUGUAUUAUUCAUCGGAAAUUGAGUAAAAUUUUAAUCGUCCGGGAACUGGCCCAACUCUAAAGUUAUUAUUAGUGAUAGGUCAAAGGUUUUGUCAACUGAGUUAAUUAUAAAAAAUACUGUAUUCGUGAAGCAAUAAAAAAUUCAUUUAUGUUCGCAAUUCACGCAUGAAAUAGUGGUCCACACACGUGUAUUGAAGUCACCGGAGAAUUUAUACAUUUCAAUUAA